GAGUUCCGAGAAUGAGAAUGGAUCUGCAGUACCUAAAGCAUCAAAAUCAUCUGCAAAAGACAAAGGUAACAAAGAAGAUAAAAACAAUAUAGAUGCGCAGACAUUCACUUUCCGCGAGCUCGCCACAGCGACAAAGAACUUCCGUCAAGAAUGUCUUUUGGGUGAAGGUGGAUUUGGAAGAGUCUAUAAAGGGACAAUUAAGGCUAGCGGCAAGGUGGCGGCUAUUAAGCAACUUGAUAGGAAUGGUCUACAUGGAAACAAGGAGUUCUUGUCAGAGGUUUUGACGCUAAGUCUUCUACACCAUCCAAAUCUUGUCAACCUCAUUGGUUACUGUGCAGAUGGUGAUCAAAGACUCUUGGUGUUUGAAUACAUGUCUGGCGGUUCUUUAGAAGACCAUAUUCUUGAUAUGGGACCAGAAAAGAAGCCAUUAGAUUGGUUCACAAGGAUUAAAAUUGCCUUUGGAAUAGCCACAGGAUUGGAGUACUUGCAUGAGACGGCUAAUCCGCCGGUUAUCUACCGUGACUUGAAAUCUGCGAAUGUGCUGCUAGAUGAUGAUUUUAACCCAAAGCUCUCUGAUUUUGGAGUGGCUAAUAAUGCACAGGAUGGAGAUAAGGUGCAUGUGUCAUCAAGGGUGAUGGGCACAUAUGGUUACUCUGCUCCAGAGUACACAAGAUCAGGUGAACUGACACUAAAGUCAGACAUAUACAGUUAUGGAGUCGUUUUACUUGAGCUCAUCACUGGAAGAAGAGCCGUUGACACGACCAGGCCAAACGAGGAACAAAAUCUAGUUUCUUGGGCACAGCCCUUUUUCCGGGAUCCGAAGAAGUUUCCGGAUUUGGCAGAUCCACUGCUCAACAGGCAAUUUCCAGAAAAGGACUUGAACCAAGUUGUGGCCAUAGCAGCAAUGUGCCUGCAAGACGAAGCAUCGGCUCGUCCGCUAAUCAGCGACAUUGUAACAACUCUAAGCUUUCUUUCCACAACACCAAGUGAGUGUAUCCAAACAGCUCCUACACCUCAAGAUGGCAAGGAUUCGGACAGUAAAAGUUCAAAGCAUGAAAAUGCGAAAGACCAGGAAAGCGAUUGUUCGGAUGACGAGGACGGUGAGAGCUCGGAGUCUCAGGAGAGUGAGAGUUCCGACUACGAGGAUGUGAAGUCCAGAGACGAAGCCAAAGACUGGCAAUCAAGCCGCAAAAGCAGCAUGGCGGGGUCGGAGGACGACGACAACGAAAGCAUCUCUUCGAGCCAAAAGAGCAGCUCCGGAUCAGAUGAUGGAAGCGUUUCUUCAAGCCAGAGCGGGUCUAGUACUAAUAGCAAGGCAUCAAGUGUUUCGAGCCGCAACAGCAGCAUCGGGUCAAACCGUCCGGUUUCGAAUUUCAAUAGCCAGAGGAGCAGCCGGAAAUCCAGCAAUGGGAGUGUUUCUUUGGACGAAGAUGAACCCCUUACCCGUAGCAGCACCAAGGAGUCGAGGAAUGGAAGCUUCUCGUUAAGCCGCCGGAGAAGCAAGGCGUCGUUGCGGAGUGGAAACUUGGCAUUAAGCCGCGACAGCAGCAAUUUGUCGCCACGUAUGAGUGUGUGUCUCGAUCACAGCUACAGCAUAGGAUCACAAGAUGGGUUUGUUUCUUUACUCAACAUAAGCAGCAGAGGAUCAUUGGAUGAAAGUGUUUAUUCUUCAUAAUAAUGAUAACAAUAUCAAUCUUCAUGCUUUCAUUAUGUGACAUGGUAUUUUGGACUAACCCAUGUCUUUUCAAGCACAUUUAUAGACACAUACAUUCCAAGGGAAAAAAAAAAGAGAAGAUUUUGGGGGAAGAAAGCUUCAAGAGGACAAGAUUUGUUUUUUUUUUUUUUUUUAAACAGCUUUUUGAGUUUCAGGAACUUUUGUAUGUUGUUCUGUUCAAAGGAAAUACUAUACAUAAACUUAGAAAACACCCCUUUAUGUGAUAAGAGUUUUUGUAACUACCCUAGGCAUUGAGCCGGAUAGGACACAA